AUGCUAAGCUUUCACUCCAUCGCGCCUGCUCGUCUCACUCAGGCCACCGAGAAGAGACCUCCACCGAAGCCGAAGCCGAAGCCGCCCGUUGUCAUGACAGAUACUCACGUCGCCUCGCCCAGCGCUGUUCCGGAGGCUAUCGACCGCGAUGGAUCGGCUCAUUUGAAGGACAUCAAGAUGGAGCGGCCGGGGCCCGUGGUCCCAGAGAAUCAGCGGGACUCCGGUAUCGACCUGUCGCAUGAUGAAGUGACUCAGGACGCUGCAAAGCAUGAGGUGCCCCCUACAAGCAUAUCAAAUCCUCCGGAGCAGGCACCUCAUGCGACGACUGAGGUCGAAGAAGAACAUCAUGAGGCUUCUCAACCCAUAAUAUCGAGCCAGGAGGUCGCAGCUGCAGCCGACGACGAUGCAGAGGCCGGUCCAUCAAAUGGCCAAACCUCAUCCAACAACCCGCCGCCGGGAGACGGUGCUGCCAUCAGGCCAGUGCCCCAUCGCGGCGAGAGCACGAUGAACGCAGUCGGCUACCGCCGCAACCCAGAGACGGUGAUCGCCUUCCUCGUUCCUCUCCCCAAGCCGACCAUCCAAGGCUCAACCUUAGACAUAACCCCAAAAUACUUCCUCUACGCGCCACCGCCACCGCACCUGGUGAAGCCGAGAAAGGGCAAAGAAAAAUACGCCAGGAAAGCCCACCGAGUCUGGCAACAGCACGUCCGCAGAGCCAAAGCCAACGCACACAACGGAAAACGGGUUUCACUGAGCGCGCUGCACAGCGCGACUGUCCGGGGGUGCAUCUGGGCGUCGGAGAAGCGCAAGGGCGACGACGACGGCGUGGUGUUCCUGGGCCGCAUCCAGCCCAAGACCGUCUCACACCUGGUCAUGAUCCACCCGUGGGCGCUGUCGGCGGAUCAGACGCCCGAGGAGAUCCUGAAGACGUUCCGCGCCCAGAUCACGGCGACCAAGGCGAGUUCGUUCGUCAAGAUCUUCACGAGGAAGAUGGGCCCGGAGCCCAAGACUCUGCAGAUCAGUCCGAAGGCCAUUAUCGAUGGGACCCGUGGCCCGCGAGAGAGCGAGAGUUCGGAGGAGGAUGAGGAGGUCGUGGUUGGCGUGGUCGAGAAUGAACAGCCACAGGCGAGCCGAAGAGAGAGGAUCAGAGCGUCGAUCGAUUCCGCCAAGCGCCGAAACCCUGUCACUGCCAUCAAAACCCAGAUUCACCAACGAGGGCGCAAGAGGCAUAGGGAUGGAAGUCCCAGCGCAGACACAGCUGAGAAUGCUGAGUCAGGGACCGACUUCGCAGGGGGCGAGCUCGAACACUACUCAGAGGAAGAAGCCCCUGCAGAGGCACAACUUCCCGAUGCGGACGGAGAGCCUUUCACGGGCCAUCAGCUGGGAGAGAUCCCAGAAGAAGGCUUUCUCGAUCACUUUGAGGAGGCUGAAGAACCCACCACGGCAGGGCCAAGCAACGCCAACCAGAACGGCGGGGGCGUGUUAGCCGCCAGCACCGACGAGGCCGUCAACAACGACUCGCAGGCCUCAGAGCACGCCAAGAAAGGCUCACGAUUCCAGCUGACGUUCUACCCCUCGCCGGCCAUGGAUAUAAUGUCACGGUACGUACAGCAGAGCUGCCACACAGCCAACGCGCACGCGUUCCCCAGCCCGACGGCAGCGCCUACUGCGGCUGGGGUCCUGGCGAGUAUCGGGUGGGAGCCUGAGAGGAGGGGUUACACGGAUGCGGAAGAGCAAUUGGAAGAUGAGAACUGGCAGGCACGUGAGAUGGAGGAAGAUCUUGCGUUCAUGACCACAAAAGCAGCCAGAGCUUGGGAGAAGCAGUGCCGCAAAUACGUUAGACAAUCCAAGGGAGGACGUCUGGACAGCGAGAAGAAGCCUGGCAGGUUUGGUAUUCUGGUGGCCCGAGUCCGACCUCAAAAGGAAGCCAAGGGCAAGAAGAGGGAAGACCAGCCAGAAACGUCAGAAGCGGAGCCAUCGGAGAAGAAGGGCAAGGCCGCAGCUCUCAAACAGCGCUUGGCCACAAUCAAGGAGAAGCGCAGCAAGAAGAAGACGGAGCAGCCGGAGCAGCCGGACCAGCCGGAUGAAACCGACCCAGCUGAGAAGCAGAGCAAGAAAGAGAAGGCACAGAAAGCCGCUGGAGUCAUUUUCUUCCCCGUCAUCCUCAUCCUUGGCAUCCCAGUCCUGAUUGGCAAGGGCAUCGCGAGCGGCUUCAAGAAAAUCAAGAAUCGCAAGUCCAAAACCGGCGAUGAAGCCGAGGACACGGAGCAGCAGGAGCAGCAGGCCAAGACCGGCAGGCGCGCCGCUAUGAAACAACGUCUGAACGAGCGGAGCGGCAGCGUGAAACGGGGCCUGAGCACCCGGAGUGGCGCGAUGAAAAAGCGCCUAGCAGACCGCAAGGCAAAGAAGGCAAGCGCCGAUGAGCCAACAACCGCCGCCGCCGCCGCAGACGCCAGCACAGCUGAGGCUUCUGCCAAUGCCGAGCCUCAGGGUGAUGCUGCCGACGCUACCGGCAAGAAGCAGCUGUCCAAGAAGCAGCGUCUCACAGCCGCGUUGCUCGCCGGCCCUCUGGCGAUCAGGGAAGCGCUAAAGAAAAAGCGACAGAGCAAGGCCAAGUCGACAAAAACAACCGAAGAGGACUCCACGCCCAAGGAGAAGAAGGCAAGCAAAUUCUCUGCCGCAAAGGAGCGCGUCAAGGCCCUCCGCACCAAAGUCAACAAGGAAACCAGAUUUGCCAGGAUCAAGGCGCGCCUCAGGGCCUUUCAGGAAAGCAAGAAGAACAAGAAGAACACGAAGAAGAACGCCAAGACCACCUCCAGCGAUGACGACUCAGUGCCAGCAACCGAGCUAGAAGACGGCAACAACACAACCAGCGUCAAGAAGCAAGGCGCCAUCGCGGGCCUCGUCGCCGGCUGCGUGGCACUGCCGGCCGCCAAGGUCAAGCAGGCGCGCGAUAAGCGUCGCAGGGGCAAGGCGGCCGACAGCGUGCAGGGUGCCGCGGCCGCGGCGCGGGAGGAGCACGCCACGGCCAGCAGUUUGUCCGUCGCGGCAGACCAGCAGGAGUUUGCGUCGGCAGUUUCGUCGCAGCGGGGCGGCAGCGUGCGACUGGUGCCCUCCGAGCCCGAGAGGCUGAACGCCGCCGUGGAGCAGGAGCAGUUCAGCCCGCCCGAGAACGGGCAGAGCGAGGUCCCUGUCCAGCAAGCGAUGCGGACCGAGCCGGAUGCCCGACCUAGUAGCAGAGAUGGUGACGUGAACGCGGCGGCUGCAUCGGAGGUCGUCGAGGACCAGCCUGAGAGGCCUGCCGCGGCUGUGAGGUCCAGGUCCAUUCGGGAUGGGAUUGGCAACGUUAAAGGGGGCAUCGGGAGUGGAAUCACAAACUUGAAGGCGCGGAGACGGGGCACGGGACAGACUGAAGUCCCUGCCACCGAGGAGCCUGAGAGACCACAAGCAGAGACAAUGGAUAGUGCUGAGACACACGUCGAAGCCGACCCCUCCACUGUUGAGCCGACGACGCAGUCUACCACUGCCCAGCAGGAUCAAGCUGCCUCGGGUGGAAGGUUCAAGUCCAUGAAGGGCGGCAUCGGCAGCGGUAUUGAGGGCCUCAAAGCUAGGAGGCAGCGGGAGAAAAAAGAGACGUCGGCGCAGCCGGAAGGGCCAGCAUCUACAACAGCAGCAGCCGAUAAUGAAAACACGGCCGCUGCUGCCGCGGACAAGGACGCCGCUUCCGGUGGGAGGCUGAAGGCUUUCAAGGAUGGCAUCGCAAACCGGAAAGCAAAGACGAGUGAAAAUGGCGCAGACGAACCUGUCAAGACGGAGAAGCAGAAGCAGCAGAAGCAACAACCACAAAAGGACUGGAAUUCUGGGAUUGUGGAUAGAAUGAGGUGGUUCCUGUACGCGGCUUGA